AUGUCUACGCUCGCAACAGCUGACUUGUCUUCGGACGAGGAAGAUGUCGACUUUGUUCCCGCGGCUCCCAAGACCAAGCGUCCUCGCAAGACAAAGGGCAAGACAAAGAAGGCUAAAAGCCCGGGAUCCGCUUCCGAUAGCUCUUCAUGCUCGUCCAGCGACGGGGAAUCUGGCGAUGAGGAAGAAGGAGAUGAAGAAGAACGGAUAGCGAAGAAAGCAAAGCUCGAAGAGAAGGAGAAGGAUGAAGCUGAAGAGAGGCGGCGGAAGGCGAGAGAAGAGUUUGAAAAGAUGAAGGCUGAAGCGGCGGGACCGGCAGAGGUUAGGCAGGCGGAGGAGGAGAUGGUGGGGAUCAAGCGGCCGAGGUGGUUUGCUGGGGAGACUAUCUUAGAGACUGUCAAAUUACGGGCAUCUGAUCCAGAAGCUAUAGCCUACUUUGAAAAACUUCAGAAUGGAGACGAGAAACCGGUUCUUCCUGCUGAAGAGUCUGUAACAAAACCCGAGACCCCUCUCGCAGAGACUUCUGCAUCUCCCGUCCCUCCCGCCCCCCAAGCCCCCAAACCGAAAGGCCCUCCUCGGCGCAAGCGUCAAACACUCGAGCAGAUGUCUGCUGCAUUGGACAAGGGCAAGAAAAUGACUACUCUUGAAAAGUCUCAAAUGGACUGGAAGAGUCACACGUCGUCAAGUACGAAAAUGGAGGAUGAACUCGCUGCCAACCGACGGAGCGGUGGAUACCUUGCCAACCGCGAUUUCCUGGACCGCGUCGGGGAGAGGAAGUCGGAGACGUAUGAUCAGCAGGGGACCCGGAAGAGAUAA